UAUACCCUGGCUGGUACAAAGCAGACUGCCCGCAAAUCCACUGGUGGUAAAGCACCCAGGAAGCAACUGGCUACAAAAGCCGCUCGCACGAGUGCGCCCUCUACUGGAGGGGUGAAGAAACCUCAUCUCUACAGGCCUGGUACUGUGGCACGACGUGAAACAAGACGUUAUCAGAAGUCCCUUGAACCUCUGAUUCGCAAACUUCCUUUCCAGCGUCUGGUGCGAGAAAUUGCUCAGGACUUUAAGACAGAUCUGCGCUUCCAGAGCGCAGCUAUUGGUGCUUUGCAGGAGGCAAGUGAGGCCUAUCUGGUUGGCCUUUUUGAAGACACCAACCUGUGUGCUAUCCAUGCCAAACGUGUAACAAUUAUGCCAAAAGACAUCCAGCUAGCACGCCGCAUACGUGGAGAAUGUGCUUAAGAGUCCACUAUGAUGGGAAAACAUUUCAUUAUAAAAAAAAAAAAAAAUUCUCUUCUUCCUGUUAUUGGUAGUUCUGAACGUUAGAUUUUUUUUUUCCCCAUGAGAUCAAAAGAUACUUAAGUAUAUGAUUGCGACUGGAAAAAUAGGGGACAGAAAUCAGGUAGUGGCAGGUUUUCCAUUUUCAUUUGUGUGUGAAUUUUUAAUAUAAAAUGCGGAAAUGU